GGUAUCCCUUUCAGUCUUCUGCUGUUGCGGAGGUGUAUCAAUCUCAAGGCUCUAUCGCGCACCUGUAUAAGAAUGAAGCGAAUUGGAAAGAUCAAGAAAACGGAAGUCGCUGAGAAGAAAACGUUUGAUGUCGAAGAUUUCUGGAAAAUCCAUGUCGAGAAAAUAACUGAAAUGCGCAAGACAAGCGAUGCUCCCGUGGACACUAUGGGAUGUCACAAACUUGCCGAUCCUCUAGUGAGUCCAGAGACGUUUCAUUUUCAAGUACUCAUGGCAUUGAUGCUGUCCAGUCAAACAAAAGAUGACGUUACUUCGGCUGCUAUGAAGCGAUUGCGAAGCUAUGGAUGCAAUGUGGAUUCAAUGCUGACCAUUCCUACCUCAGAGCUGGAGAAGUUAUUAUACCCCGUUAGCUUCUACAAGAGGAAAGCAAUAUAUAUCCAGAAAGCAGCAGCUAUCCUCAAAGAGAAGUAUAAUGGGGAUGUACCAGAUACUUUCGAAGGCCUAUGUUCACUUCCCGGAGUUGGGCCCAAAAUGGCACACUUAGUUCUGCAGGUUGCCUACAACAAGGUGGAUGGAAUUGCUGUCGAUACACAUGUACACAGAACUGCGAACAGAUUAGGAUGGGUGAAUACAGACACGCCCGAGAGAACGCGUGCCAAACUUGAGGAGAUGUUACCUAGAUCGCAGUGGGCGUCAAUCAAUCCACUUUUGGUCGGAUUUGGACAGCAGAUUUGCCUCCCAAUUGGGCCAAAAUGCGACAUUUGCUUGUGUAAGGAUAUUUGUCCAUCUGCUAGGCUAAAGACUACGAAAGUGGUCACAAAGAAAGUUGAAGUGACAUACACUACAACUGAGAAGGUUACCGCUGAGUAAUCUGCAUAUAUCUAGUUAUUCCUGAUCCGCAUCACUGGUCACGCUCAGCUAAUCUGUCCCUUUGCUUAGUUUUAAUCAAGCCUAGUGAUCGUUACUUGUUGUGAUUUAGCAAUCCCGGUUUUCUCAAAAUUAAUCAACAACUUCUACUUAGUCUGAUGAAUCGAAGCAUUACUCUUGUUGUAAUCCUUUAGUAUAGUUGCAAAUUAACCUGAUCUCCUUUGCAUGUUCCCAUCUAAUAGUUCGAGAUUUCCACCAUUUUCUAUGUUAUGUACCUCAGAUUUUGGAGAUUCAUAUAUAAUUGAAUGCUUUAGCACUGUUAGACAUCUCGACGCUAACAAACAUAUGACAAAAC